AUGUCAAAAAUUUUAUUCUUUGUGGCAGUUGCAAGUUUUUUGUCGUCUGCAUCUGCCGACAGAUACUUGAAACGUAGUGAAGACAGUGAAAUAUCAAUUUGUAGUGAAUUUGAUAUUUGUAAUCUCGUUCACAAUCCACAUUGGGGCAUAAAUACAGUGGAAAAGUUAUGCAAAUGUCCAGAAGAAACAUUUUGUCCUGCAACAUUCUCAAACGACGAUGGAAAAAGUUUACAAGUGAAUGUCAGAACUCAAAUGAAGUUUUGUUCUCAUGUCAAUGAUAUUCAUGCUGGUCUUAAACCUUGUAAAGACGGCGGCGAUACAGCAAUUGAAGUUCGAACAAUUUAUCACAUUGAUCAAGUGAAAAAUAUUUCAGCGAAACUUUUAUGCAGUUGUGAACAUAAACAAAAACCUAUCUAUUGGAAAUAUCAAUCUCGUGUUGGUAAAACUGUCACGGAAGAUGAAGAUUUAUUCGAGAUUGUUGAUAAUUUUGAAUGCAUUGAACUAAGAAAGUGCAAUGCAAAUGAAUUUUGUGGAUUCGCACGACUUGAUUACGGUUUUCUAUUUCAAAGAUGCUCAUGUGACACCAUACACGAUUGUCUUUAUUAUCCAGAAGAAACAGAAGUCGAAGAAGAUGUCGAAUCGGAACUUUUUUACAGCGGCCACAUGUAUAAGUCAAGAUGCAUAAAGAAUGAAACAAUAGAGUUCUGGUGA